AUGUCAGGUGCAGAAGAAGUCGACCAAUCCCUCACUGAGAACCCUCCCCUUUCUUUAGAAUCAUUAGCCCGGCUGGUUUCUAAUAUGUCUGACACAUUCAACUCUCAGCUCGAAAAUAUCUCCCGGAAGUUCAGCGAAUUAGAUAACCGGAUGGACGAGCUGUGUGCCCGUAUUGACGACAAUGACAUAGAUGUUCGUGCCAAGCUUACCCAAGUUCAAUCCUCAGUUAACACAGAUUUAAUUGCAAUACACAGUGACAUUUCCCAACAACAGCAACGAUCCCAAGAGUCCCAAAAAAGUAUUACUAUCACUCAGCGCACACUCAAUGAUACCGUAAAAGCAUUAGGCGAUCGUAUUAGCCUUGUUGAAGGCCAAAGUGCUCGGCUAGCUGCUCUUGAAAACAAAAGUCAAAAUUCUGUCCCUCUUAUUCCCCCACCCACUGUCUCUACAAACUCUCAAUCAAUACCACAAAUUUCAUUUAAUAGCUUUCUGACCUCCACUACUCUUGCUAGUUCUUGUCAGACACAAACUACCGCCUCCCUAAAUGUCUCUAAUCUCUCAGCGCCCAUGUAUAACAACCCAACAAUCCGUCACAUAGACCCUCUACGCAACAAUACAAUCCUCUCCAAUAUUUCCGGUAUAACUUUCGAUUCAACAAAGCUCUCUCCCUACGAUGGUAAAUUAGUCCCCUUACAUCCCGAAGAAUUCCUUGAGCAAGCCGAACAGUAUUUCCUCACCCAGCCCCCGGUUCAUGAUCAACUAAAAAUUAAUUACAUAAAAGAGCGAUUUACUGGCGACGCUAGACUCUGGUAUAACACCUUAUUACCCUCCCCAUCUGUAUACCAGGACUUUUUAUUAUUGUUUAGAAACCAUUUCUGGUCUACCAACCAGCAACGUGCCAUUAGGAAUGAAUUAUACCGGCCAUAUUUUCAUAGGGACAAUUCAUCCCUCCAAAAGCAUGCUAUGGAUUGGAUUAACCGAGCCCGUUUCCUGAGACCCCCGAUCGAUCAAGCCGAAAUGGUUGACCAAAUUAUAUCCCACUUUUCAUUUAACAUUUCCGUCGCCCUCCGAGGUCUCCGUAUCGUCACAACUAAUGAACUCAUCCAACAGCUCUCCCACCUUCAACAGGCCCAUUCCCCUCAAAAUACCCAGAAUAGUCAAACUGCCUCCUCUCAUCAAAAUCUAAAUUCACAACAGAACUCCUUUGGCCACAAUAAUCAAAAUAGAUACCCUCCCCGUCAAAACAAUUACUCCCCUCGUUUCAAUAGUUACAAUAGACCUCAAACGGAUAACACUCAAAAUCAAUCAUCACCCCCAUCACCAGACCAGGCCACUUCACCUUCGGGAAACUAG